UUCAACAUAGGGCUGUAUCUUUCCCUAUUCAAACUCAAAUAAUAGUUAAAUACUCAUUUCAUGCUCUAAAACUAAAUGACCUACCUCUAAAAGAAUUCCUUUUUCAACCUCUCUUCCUCCCACCCCCUUUAUCAACACCUCCAAAGGUGUGAAGAGAGUUCACUUCUUUAAACCCUAGGCAGUGCCCUUGUAAACUUAUAUAUAUAUCACUAUUUUUCACUUCUUUCUAUUUCAUUUCCACAAUCUUCCUUCCUUCAAAAUGAACUCAAACAACUGGCUUUCAUUUCCACUUUCUCCAACUCACCCUUCCUCAGUACCACCUCAACCUUAUCAACAUCAUUUCUCUCUUGGAACAUUAGUCAAUGACAACAUGUUGGAAACCCCUUUCCAAAAUCAUGAUUGGAAUCUGAUGAAUACUCACACUAGCAAUGAAGUUCCAAAGGUUGCAGAUUUUCUUGGUGUGAACAGCAAGAGUACUACUGAAAAUGAGUCAGAUCUUGCAGCCUUUAAUCAAAUUAACGAUCAUUCUUCAGAUAACUACUUCUUCAUGCCACUACAAAGCAACUCAGCGUUAGAACCAACUUCUAGCAAUAGCUAUGAUCAAUAUCAAGAAAAUGGUACCAAUAACUUGCAAUCAUUGACAUUAUCAAUGGGGAGAGGUACUAAAGAUUCCACAUGUGAAACCGAUAAUAAUAACACUAUAGUUGAAGCAGCUGCACCUAAAAGAGCUUUGGACACCUUUGGCCAAAGAACAUCAAUAUAUCGCGGUGUAACAAGACAUAGAUGGACCGGAAGAUAUGAAGCUCAUCUUUGGGAUAAUACUUGUAGAAGGGAAGGACAAUCAAGAAAAGGUCGCCAAGUCUAUUUAGGUGGUUACGACAAAGAAGAGAAAGCGGCGAGGGCUUAUGAUUUAGCUGCAUUGAAGUACUGGGGAACAUCCACCACAACAAACUUUCCGAUGAGUAACUAUGAGAAGGAAGUUGAAGAAAUGAAGAACAUGACAAGACAAGAAUUUGUUGCAUCCAUAAGAAGAAAAAGCAGCGGAUUUUCAAGGGGUGCGUCAAUGUACCGUGGAGUCACAAGGCAUCACCAACAUGGAAGAUGGCAAGCGAGAAUCGGUAGAGUUGCAGGGAACAAAGAUCUUUACUUAGGAACAUUCAGCACUGAAGAAGAAGCUGCGGAAGCUUAUGAUAUAGCUGCAAUUAAGUUCAGAGGAUUAAGCGCGGUAACAAACUUCGACAUGAAUCGUUACGACGUGAAAGCGAUUCUCGAAAGUAAUACUCUUCCAAUAGGAGGAGGUGCUGCAAAACGGUUGAAAGAAGCACAAGCUCUAGAAUGUUCUAGAAAAAGGGAACAAGAGAUGAUAGCACUUCAAUAUGGACUAGGAGGAUCUUCAAGUUCAAGUAGGUUAGAAUUACAAGGUUACCCUUUAAUGCAAUUUGAACAACAACAACAACAACCUUUGUUAACACUACAAAACCAGGAACUAUAUACGUCGUCGUUUCAUGAUCAGAGUUAUAUACAAACUCAGCUUCAGUUGCAUCAGCAGCAACAAAGUGGUUUUUACAACUACAAUGGUGAUUAUAGUAUUCAGAAUCACCCGGGUUUGAUGGAGAAUGAUGGUGGUGGAGGGUAUAUUGGGAAUAAUAACAAUGUUAUGGGGGGAACAGCGGAUUACGACAUGUCUUCCGGAGGUUAUGGAGGUUGGUCGGCGGGAGAUUCCAUGCAAGCUUCAAAUGGAGGUGGUGGUGUUUUCACAAUGUGGAAUGGUUUGAGUAAUUAACUUGAAGAACUUAACUAGUUGUUAUACAAUUUAGUUUCUUGUUUUUUUUUUUUAUUUAAAAAUUAACUCUGCUAUAUUUAUUAUGACAAGUGAAUUUAGAGGAGAAAAAGUGACUAGUUUUAUUUCUGUAGAAUGUUAUCUACUACUGUGCCACUGACUAUUGACUAGUUAGCUGAAUCAACUAUUUGUUUGUUGA